AUCGAAAAGAGCAGUUGUGUUUGGUUUGCGAGGCUGCCAAGAGCGGAAAAACAAACGCGGACGAUGAAUAAAAUAUUUGGAAUAUUUUGUUCACUACUGUGCCUGCUUCUCUUUUGGCCAACCUCCGGAUAUGCACAGUCCCCGGAUGAUUCCAAACUCCUAGUAGCUGUCCACUAUGAGGCCCUGUGUCCAGAUAGCAUGAACUUCAUCCGGCGGCGACUUUACGAUGCUCUGGAGGAUAAUAACUGGUGGACUGUAACCAAUCUAAAGCUAUAUCCAUUUGGGAAAGCGGGGUUCUACAACAAUACUUCCACUGGAAAAAGAGAAGUUUACUGCCAGCAUGGCGUUGAUGAGUGCGAACUGAAUGCCCUGCAUGCCUGUAUUAUCGAGACACAGGGUAUUCGAAAGGCCUUUCACCUGAUCUAUUGCAUGCUGAGAUCCUACUCAGAUGACUUGGAUCGAUGCUCCAAGAGCAUGGGAGUGGAUGUGACCGAGGCCAGGCAAUGUAAAAAUACCCGUACGACACCGGCAAUCUUGGCACCCUAUGGCAGGGAAACCCUCAAGCUGGGCAUCUCUUUUGUGCCCACCAUUGUGUUCGAGAAUGAUUUUGAUCCCUACAACCAGAGAAGCAUUCGCAAUAACUUUGAAAGACACUUCUGCCGGGAGUACUUGAAAAAGUUCAACAUCAAACUGCCUACGUGUUCUGGAAUUUUGUAAAAGUCAAAUUUUUUUUGUUUUUUAUAUGCCAAGACCAAUAAAAAACUAGUAACUAGCUGGAA